AUGUCGCUGCCCAUUCCAGAGCCGCCGGUCUCGCUGCCUGGACCCUCGUACCACCCCUCCUUCGCCUCCAGCAGCAGCAGCAGCGACGCACACGCCCACAUCGUCUCGUCGAUCCACGCACGCGGCGCAGAGGACGCGCGUGCCGAGCACGACGACGACGACAGCGACGGCGAGCUCUUCGAGCAGCUCGAGGACGAGCUCGACGGCGUCGGCGGCGAGUGGCGCGAGCGCCGCAUGCGCGAGAUGCGCGAGAGGUGCGUGUGGGUGCGGCAACUAGCGACACUCUCCGCCGAGCACGGCCGCUACAGCGAGCCGCCGACGGAAAAGGCGCUCAUCCGCCUGCUCGAGGAGAACGACGGCGUCGUCGUGCACUUCUACAAGGCCGACUUUCGCCGCUGCAAGAUCGUCGACCGGCAUCUCGAGUUCCUGGCGCCGCUGCACGGCAAGACGCUCUUCCUGCGCAUCUCGGUGCUCAAUGCGCCGUUUCUCGUGCAGAAGCUCUCGAUCCAGACGCUGCCGUGCCUCGUCAUCUUCGGCGCCGCCGGCCAGGUCAAGGACCGCAUCGUCGGCUUCGAGGACCUGGGCAACAAGGAUGAGUUUGGCACGGGCGUGCUGGAGUGGCGCUUGGGGCGAGCAGGUGAGUAG